GACAUACUUACAAGGUUUGAUGAGAAAACCCGUUGUAGUUCUUGAUAAUGGCGCGUCCACUAUCAAGGCGGGCAUAGUCGAUGAACAUGUAGGACUGGCUCCGAGAAUCAUUUCAAACGCAGUUGUUCGCUCGAAAGGGGACAAAAUGACAUACUUUGGCCAUGAAACCGAAAAAUGCAAGGACUACUCAUCGUUGCAUUAUCGGUUACCAUUUGAGAAGGGGUAUCUUGUGGAUUGGGAUGCGCAAAAGGCAGUGUGGGACGGGAUUUUCUCGGAUGAAGUAUUUGGGGUGAACACAUCAGAAGCAUCUCUUUUGAUAACAGAGCCCUACUUCAAUCUACCAAAUAUCCAAGAGGUUUAUGAUCAAUUCGUUUUUGAGGAAUACGAGUUUGAUUCUUAUUAUCGUUGCGCGCCUGCAUCUUUAAUUCCAUAUGGAGAUCUUUUCGCAAAACCGAUGUCUCCCCAACCAGAAUGCAUCCUGGUUGUAGACUCUGGCUUCAGCUUCACGCAUGUCGUACCGAUUAGUAAUGAGAAGGUAGUUUGGACGGCGGUCAGUCGGCUGGACGUCGGAGGUAAGUUGUUGACGAAUCAAUUGAAGGAACUCGUGUCAUUUCGGCAAUGGAACAUGAUGGACGAGACCUACAUUAUGAAUCAUGUCAAAGAGUCUUGUUGCUACGUAUCCACCAACUUCAAAGAGGACUUGGAAGUAUGUCGAACAGACCUAAAACGAAAUUCCAUUGUCCAAGAAUAUAUCCUUCCGGACCUCUCAACACAUCGUAAAGGCCGUGUACGGCAACUCGACGACAUUGUGACUGACACCGAUCAGAUUCUCGUCAUGAAUAAUGAGAGAUUCACAGUCCCCGAACUUGUUUUUCGCCCAGAUGACAUUGGACUUGAUCAAGGCGGUCUUGCUGAAAUGAUAGUUUUUUCCAUUUCAAAGCUACCCAGCGAUCUUCAGGGAAUGUUCUGGUCUAAUAUCGGCUUGAUAGGAGGCAACACCAAAUUCAAGGGUUUUCGUGAGAGAUUGACAUCCGAAUUACAAACUCUGGCGCCCGUUGACUGCGAGGUCGUUAUCUACGAAGCUGAAGACCCCAUCACAGAAGCAUACCAAGCAGCAUACAACUUUGCGAGCAUGCCUACGUUCGCUCAGUAUGUCGUCACGCGGGCAGAGUAUGCUGAAAGUGGAAGCAAUGCUUCUCGAAGGAAGUUUCGUGACUGGAAAACUCAAGAACCUGAGAAAGAGAAGCCCAAAGAUAACUCGAAGCUGAAAGGGAAACAACGGGAUGACGAUCGUAUCCAACCUUCUGGCAAGUUGACAAGAACUAGAAGCAAAAGACGGUGAAUUUCGAAUUCCGCCGUGUAUGAAGUUUGCAAACGUGUAUGGUCUGAACCUUUACACGAUCCUGUAUUGUUGUCUGCCCUAGGCAAUCCAAUUUCUUUGGAGAUC